UGAAGUCCUGCUUGUUGCAACUUGUGCUUGUUCUCGUUGUGGUCUUCAGUACGGUGUCUGCUCAGUACUGUUCGAUGAAGUGCCGUUGUGAAGGCACUACCAUGGACUGCAGCCACGUAGCUUGGGUAAGACUUCCUCGUGACGAACCUCCAACGGAAACUCUUUUGAUGAACGAUAACCGGAUGAUAACUGUGUCUUUGGGGCCUCGACUUCCAAACCUGUUAGAACUGAGCGUAGAAGAUAACUCGAUCACCGAGCUUGAAAGAUCCCCCUUCCGCCUGCGGCCAAAUCUGAAGAUUCUUCGGCUUGGAGGGAAUAAAAUCAUCAAUGUGGUCAGUGAUGCUUUUCGUGGACUAAGCCAACUUCUGAAACUGUAUCUCAAUCGUAACAACAUCGAAACUGUAGAAGCGUUUGCAGGGAUUGAUAGUCCAAGUAGUUUGGAAAUUCUGGACUUACAGAGAAACAAACCCACAUCGAUAGCGACCAGUAUGUUCACUGGAGUCCCAUGGCUUACGGAGCUCAACUUAUCGUCCAACAACAUCCCAACGAUUGAAGAUGGGAGCUUCAGUGGUCUCAAGAAGUUACGCGUCCUCUACCUGCAUUCCAACCAGAUCCUUCGGCUGACCAACGAGACAUUUAUGGGACUAUCCUCAUUGAAGCGUCUUGUUUUGGCUGACAAUAAGAUACAGAAUCUACCAGAUAUGGUCUUCAAUGGUGCCAUAGCGCUGGAGUUUCUUGAUCUCAUAUCUAACAGUAUCUCCAAAAUCAUACAGACAACAUUCUCUAGAUUGUUCAAUCUGACGGCACUGUACAUGGAUGGUAACAACAUCACCUAUGUAGAAGACGGUGCGUUUCGCAAUCUGGUCAAACUACACACGCUUUCACUGUUCAACAACACGCUACAGAGCAUCUCCGCAUCCACUUUUAUCGGUCUGGCUCCUGACGAUAGAACAGACAACACAGGACUGGAGGAACUGGACCUCACGUGGAAUCGUCUCACCACUGUCAGGAAGGAUGAUUUCGCCAGGCUCACAAAACUGAAGAUUCUGUGGCUAUAUGGCAACAAAAUUACAAGUGAGGGACUGGAGGAUGGUUCAUUUGCCAAUCUCGGUAACCUUGUUUCCCUAAGCUUAUUCGACAACCUUCUGACCAACUUUUCUACAGCAACAUUUCAAGGAUUGCCGUCUCUGGAAAUGCUGCAUCUCGGACAAAAUCUGAUUCAAACUUUCCAACCUUUUGCUUUUGACAACCUACCUUCUCUGACAUCUCUGAACCUACGAAGGAACGCCUUCAGUAGCUCUUCAUUCCAUCCUGAUACAUUCGGCAACCUGACGGCACUACAAAUCUUGAAAAUACAAGGAAUAACAGGCCUCCCACCGCGUGUGUUUCGCCAUCUACCCUGCCUCCAGACGGUACUUUUGGGGAACGAUCUUAUCUGCGAUUGUGACAUACUUGAUCUAGCGAAAUGGCUGAAUAGAAUUGCAUGUCUAUCCAGUCACAUGUUGAUUCUUGACACCUGUAUGUGAAAUAAAUAGAGGAAAAAACUCAAUGAAAAGUUAUGUUCUGUUACCACAUAACAAUUUUCUAUACAUUGUACUCAAGGUGCAGGUAGACAUGAGAAAUAUCUGCAUACUAGUAUUUUACCUGCAGGUUGUACUUUAAGCCCCCAGUACAUGAAUAACUUUCAUAUUAAUAUCGGUCACAAUCAUUUUGGGCGUAAUUUUGCCAAAAAUGAUGCUGACAGUAAUGCUAUGAAAACCCAAAUGACUUGGUAAUGUGUAAGAUUUCUGCGGUUUAGGUGCAGGUGAUU